UCUGUCAACAACUUCCUUUCCUGAAAGAUUACAUUCCAACUUUGCAACAAGUAACCGGUUUUCAGUUCCCUCGAAACUAACCAAUGAGGCUCCACUUCCUGUUUCCCAGCUAUACAACAGUUGGUGUUUUUCAUGCUGCUGCACGACUGACGUUACACCCACAGAAGUCACACACAGGAAAGCCAAGAGCAUUAGUGACUCCUCGUCAAGAACAAUAGAAGAGCAGUUAGUGCAGCCAUGAGCCUACAGAGGAGCCUCUUCUGAGCCGUGGAUUUUCUCAGUAACACACCACAAGCUGUGGAUCAUGUCCCUCCUGGAGGAGGACCUGAKAUGUCCCGUGUGCUGUGACAUCUUCAGAGACCCGGUGCUGCUGCCGUGCAGCCACAGCUUCUGCCGGGUCUGUCUGAAGCAGUGCUGGGACACAGGGGUACGAGGGUGUCCCAUCUGCAGGAAAAGGGGGUCCAAGUCCAGCCCAACGUCCAACCUGGCUCUGAAAAARGUCUGCGAGGCCCUUCAGCAAGUCAAGAGGCAAAACUCAGAGGACAGGUCAAACUGCAGCCUGCACGGGGAGAAGCUGAAGCUCUUCUGUUUGGUCGACAGACAGCCCAUCUGUGUGGUGUGCCAGUCGUCCAAGCUGCACAAAACCCACGAAUGUUUGCCAACGGAAGAGGCUCUGCUGGACUGCAGGGAAGAACUUGAAGUUUCCCUGAAAACCCUGCAAGAAAAACUGAAAAGCCUCAAAAGAAUUCACGGGACAUCAGCUGAAAUGUUCGCAUACAUCAAGAAUCAGACACUGGAAACACAGAAGAGGAUGAGGAGCCAGUUCCAGCAGCUACAUCAGGCCCUCUACGACGAAGAGUCCGCCAGAUUAGCGGCUUUGAAGAAAGAGGAAGAGGAGAAGAUUGCGGCGAUGAAGGAAAGGAUCAAAAAACUCUCAGAAGAGGAGCUUUCUGUCACCGAGACCAUCUCUGUCAUUCAGAGCCAGCUGGUGGAAGACAACAUAGUUUUACUGAAGAACUUUAAAGACACUCAGGACAGAAGUAAAGACAUGAUGCCUGCUUUAAAUAACAUGUCUGGACUACUGGUUGACGUGGCGAAGCACCUCGCUAACCUCAAAUACAGAGUCUGGGAGAAAUUACUGGACAAGAUUGACUACACACCUGUAAGUGUAGAUCCAAACACAGCACACCCUUGCCUGGUCCUAUCUGAUGACCUGACAUCCCUCCACUACUCAAAGCAGCCCAGCGGUUGCCCCGACACCCCAGAGCGCUUCCACAUGAGUGCUGAGGCCGUGGGGAUGGCUGCUUUCCACUCAGGAUGUCACCAGUGGGUUGUGGAAACAGGAAGUAAUCACGACUGGCUCCUGGGUGUGGCCUCCUCGUCCGUGUCAAGAAACGCUGAGAUCUCUGCCCGGCCCGAAAACGGUUUCUGGACUUUAUGUUUCCGGGACGGGGAGUUCAGGGCAAUGACCACGCCGCCCACCCCGCUGACAGUUUCACAUGUGCCAGAACAGGUCAAAGUACAGCUGGAUUACAACAAUGGACUGGUGUCAUUUUUGGACCCCACUGACGACUCACUGAUUUAUGUGUUCACACAGACAUUCACAGAGCCUCUGUUGCCAUACUUUUAUACACAGAGCAGUCAUCCACUGAGGAUAAUGCCAGAGAAGAUACUGACCACUGGGCUGCAGCAGGAACAGCUUCAAUGAUUUAUUAUUACAGUUUUUUUUGUGUCCAUUUCCAAAAACUCAUGACACAAAUAACUUUAAAGAGCAAAUUCCAACAUAUUUUGGGCCAAAAAUACCUACAAAUUUUUAUACUAAAAUAAAGAAAUCACAACAAGGUUUUUUUUUACAUUUUCAAAGCCAGUUAGUAAUAGUGUUUUCUGUUCAUACUUUUUAAUCAUAGUUUAUAGUUUUUUCAUACAUCUUCAUCUUCAUAUUUUAACAUAUUUUCAGGCAAUCGGCUACAAAAAACUUCAGCWACUUCAGCACAGCUACUAUUUUUGCUGGCAUUUGCCUUUAGCUAAUGUUUUGGUAAAAUUGAAUUAUAUCUAGUGUUUUGCUAAUUUUAGAUUUUAGCUGGAAGUUUUGAUAUUUCAGCUACUGUUCAGCUGCUAUUAAUUUUUUAGCCACUGCUCUGAUAAAUUUGGCUUUUAGCUACUGUUUAUGUAGUGUUAGCUUUUAACUGUUUUGCUGGUCUCAGACUUCAGRUACUGUCUCUAGUUUUAGAUUUGAGCUACAGGUAUGAUGUUUUUAGCUUUUAGCCAUUACUUUAUUAGUUUUAGCUUUCAGCUACUGUUUUAAAGGUUUUAGUUUUAUAACYUUGCCAUUCUUAGCUUUCAGCUAUAUGUUCUAAACGUUCUAGCUUUAUAGCCUUUUGAAGUCUUUGCCUUCAGCUACUGCUUUGCUAAUUUUGGCUUCUGUCAGCAGGAGUUGAUUAUUACUACAGUGAGCUACAACCCCAAAUACGCAUAAAAGCUAAAAUGUUCAAAUUCUAAUCUAAAUAUUUUAAAAAGCUUUCAAUUUGAAGGUGAAAUGGUCAAAAAAUAUUCUAAUCAACAAAUCUAAACAAAACAAAAACACAGUCUUCUGUUAAUCAAACAGAGAAUUUUUUUGUAGAUUUCAGAUUCAGCAGAUUAUAAAAAAAGUUCUCAUAAGGAACGUCUCAUUUUCUCAUCCURAUCAAUUUGCUGCUGAAACAAACUUGUCACAACUGUUUGUGACAUUAGAUUUGAAGAAAUUGUGAUUUUUUUGAUUUGCAAUUGUUUAUGUUUUGCUGAAGUCGUUCACUUCAUUUGUUUGUUAAAUWUGAAAAAUACUGCAACAAAACACCUACAAAAUCUUACUGCAGCUUCUCUACAGACGUGAGUGGUGGCCGUAAAUGUUGCUGUAAUUUAAUGAGCUUGAAUUUUGUAAAAUAUUUUGUUGAAAUAUUUGCCGAUUAGCACUUUUUAGUAAUAUUUGUGUAUCGGAGUGUUUUAUGGGAUUUUAUUUAUCAAAAGGUUGAGGUUAGGUUUUAAUCCUGUGAUUUUUUAGGAUGAUAAAGUUACAUUAAACACAAAACAUGUAUUCUAAAAAUACAUGUUGAAAGGUUUUAUUAAAGUUUUUUUAAAUCACUUCACUGAA